AAGAAUUGCAUUUUUCAUUCAUUUUUUUUUCUUCAGCGUGGUCGCAAGCGGAACUGGACUGGAGCGUUCUCGGAAAAUAUCGAUUUUUCUUCCGGCUAGCACCGUGCAGCGAUACUGUUGAUCGGCUGUAAAUUGCAUCGUUUCAUCGCAUCACCUUCCGGCCUGCGGACAGCGCGUAAGACUAACAGCGGUUGCGAAACGAUUCCUCUGCCGCGAUACAGCACUUGCGCUCCCACUGCAGGCCUUGGCGCUCCGUUGUUGAUUCUUUCGCACAAGGUAAGAACCGACGUGUAGGCCAGGCAAAGUAACAUCUAAACCUGUGCUAUAGUCCAUUUUUUGGCCCCUAGUAUAUACCCGACAAAAGCAAAAGCAAACCGAAAAAAAACGAACCCAAAUGCGGAUCUAUCCAACGCAUUGAAACUAAUUCUUCCAAGCAAAACAACGGGAGCGGUGUUCCGCGUACAAGUGUGGUGCACACGCACACAAAGGCGUCGCGUUCCGUCCGGCGGUUCCCGUUCCAUCGUUUUGGAAAGGGUUACCACCCCGGAGGAACGGAAACGGCCAAUGGAAGAGCGCAGAAAAAGUAAAACAACUCCCGCACCGUACGGAAAACAAGAUGACCGCGAAGUGUGAUUGUUGAUAUACAGUUUUCUUUUCUCCACCGCUUGCUCAUCAACACGGUGACGCCGCAGCCAGCAGCGCCGAGAAACAAGAUGGUGGUGUGACCUUUGCCUAUGUACAAUCAAGCAAAACGAAUGCGAAGUUUGCAGUCGAGUGAAAACGUAUAGCAUUCACGGGUAUUCCUCAACCCGGGAAUGAUUAGUUCGGGUACAGUUCGCGUGUAACAUACAAAACGGGAAAAUGUACAAAGUACGCGAAAAAUCCAUUGCGAAAAACUGCUGUGCGCUUGUUGUUAGUAGUCUGCCAAAUUGGCAUAGUUCGAUCGGUGGUUGUUGCUGUAGUAGUAAUAUUUGCAACGAACGCAGUAGGACAAUGUACGGAAGGUCCCGGCGCCGGAACCAUCCAGAAAGUGGUGGUGUCACCUGAAGCCCCGCCGUGGGCGGUGUUUCGUUGGUUCGAAAAAGUGAAGUCAAUCAGUAUAAGUUAGCGGAAUGUAAUAAGUACGGUCUAACAGAACAACUAAAACAAGUAAACCAUCUGUCCGGUAUGGCGAGAUGUGUUCCAUGAGUAAAACAAACUGUCGAAAAGUAAAACAAGUUGUAUUUUAUCUUCUUAACCGGUGUGGGCGAAAUAAUUGUGAGCCCAAAAUUGUUUCGUGUGUUUUAAAAAGCAAAAAAAACAAAACAAAAGUCUCUUGUGUUCAGUUUACACUUUCGAAUCUUCUUCCCCUCCCGGUACAUUAAGCUGUACCCAGAAUACACGGCCAACGUUCGUUUUGGAAGUAAAAAAAACACACACGUCACACAAAGGACAAUCCUAGGGAGCGGCAAUGGAUAGCGAUGAUUCGAGACCGGGUUCGUCGGCUUCGAACAGCUCGGACUCUGAGCAGGCCGCUAGUCCUGCCGGUAAGGAGCAGGAAGACGAGCAAUCGGAUGGGUCCGGUUCGCCUUCGCGUUCACCAUCGCCCGCUUCGAACGGUGGCGAUAGAAUCGACGGUGACGGUGAGGAUGGUGUGCGCGAAACCAGCCGUCAGUCACGGUCGCAAUCGCGUUCCCAGUCACGUUCCAACACACCCUGCAGCCUGACGUACGAUGCCGGAAAGCAGGAUUCACUGUCCAGUCCACCGAAAACGUUCGAUGCGGUUAACUCACCGCCGGGCCUUUCCCCGGGCAAUGAUCCGAACUCGCACCCUUCGUCGCCGGGGAUGUACGCCCCCGCACGUAGCCCGAGCUGGCCCGUCGCUGAUUCGCAGGGCGCAAAAUCACUUUCGCCGGAUGGUGGCAGCAGCCGUCAUCAUGCCGACCGGUACGAUCGUUCACGAUCGCUCUCGAAGGAAUCGAACCAUUCGGACAAUAGCUCGAGCAAGGCGGGUAGCCAUCAUCGGCGCGGUAGCCUUAGCAGUUCGAAUCGCCAACGUCGGUCACUUUCCCGCAAUUCGUCCACUUCGAACUUGAGCGAAAAGCUAAAGGGUGAAGAAAUAUCCGACUGUGAAAUGGAAUCGGAUCGUGAAGAAAAGACGCCCGCCUCACCGGAUGCGUUGGAACAUCGGGCGGAAGGUGCGGGGACGGGAGUCGGUGGUACCGGCCCUGUAGCGAAGAAUAAUGCCCUCAACAUGAGCCACGAAGAUUUGAGCGACGUUAGCCUCGAAAGUGACAACGAACCCGAACCGGAGGAAGAGGACGAUCGCGACAGUGAGGUGGAGAGUGUGAAGCGGCACGGCCGUGACGGUGCGCACGAAGAGGAAGAGGAUGAGGAGGAUGACGAUGAGCACAGUCGUGAACCGGCGACCUCGAACGUAUCGGCGUUGGAGCGUGAUGAUAGCGAAACGGGUGAGCUAGAACGUCCGAAAAUUACCGACCUGCGCCAAAAGCUCGAAGAACGAAAAACUCAUCUGCGUAACAUGGAGGCGGAAAAGCACACGAUCAAUGGUGGUAGCGGAUCGAACGGCGGAAGCGGGUUGCGGAAUCACGAUAAACUACUCGACGGGAAUCUGAUGGACAGUAAGAACGAUGAGGAUGCGCUUGAUUUUGAGGCGGAAGAGGGUGAAUGUAACGAGGUGCCGAAGGAGCAGGAAAAAGUGGACGACGUGCAGGAGAAGGGUAAAAAGGAUGACUUAAAGUCGGCCCGGGAAGGUUCUGCCGGUGGUGACGGUGAGCUGGAGGAAGGGGAAGAGCUAGAGGAAGGCGAGGUAACGGAUGAGGAUGAGAAACGGCCGGAAGAGUCGGAACCGAAACCGAUCUGUCGGUUUUAUACACGCGGCCAGUGUACCUGGGGCAUGAGCUGUCGCUUUCUGCAUCCGGGCGUUACCGACAAGGGUAAUUACACGAUGUUCGAUAUGGUACGUCCCGUAUCGGUGACACACGCACCACCCGGCUACAGUGCACAUCCGGCACCGCUGUACGCAUCCGACUAUCGACACGAACGGGCGGCGGCUUUGCAUCAUCUAGCGGCGGCACAUCAUCCGGUAGCGGUGGUUGCACCAUACCCAGCGACAGUCGGUUUAGCACCACCGUCACGUCCCGUCGAACCGGUCGCCACGGAAAGCGCCUGGGAGCGUGGUUUGCGCACGGCAAAGGAAAUGAUGCGCAAAGCGAACAAACGCAAGGAACAGGACAUUGAUUUUGAUGAUAAAAAGAUGAACCUUUCCCUGUCACAGGAUGAGCUUGAGAAGGAUAACUACUACACGCGCGAUCGUGCAUCUCCUCCGCUAUCACCAUCAUACGUUGGACGGCCACCGGCAGCCGUUCCACCAGGGUAUGAUUAUCCUGCACCAGCUUCAAAGUUCCCGCGCGGUGGUGGUAUUCCUCCCUUCGAAGAGGAUGCCUUCGGACGUACCCAUCGCUAUCGGGAGCUACCGUCGCACCGUAUGCCACAGUACGAGGAUGAGGAUCUGUCCAAGCGGCGCCAUCCGCGAGCAACGAGGGAAGUGAUCUUGCAGCGAGCGGACGAUUGGAACGAUCCCUGGAUGCGUUCGAAAUCUCCCGGUCGGGAGAAGCGUGGUGCCCGGCGUGGUGGUGAACGGCGCAGCUAUAGCCACAGCUCGUCCUACAGCAGCUCCAGCAGUAGCUCCCGGUCCGGGUCGAGUUCGGAUUCGAGCCGUUCGCCCAGCCCAACCACGACCAGGCGCAAUCGCUACGAUAGCCAUCGGUCGAAGGAUAGCGAACGUCAUGCGGGCACCACACAUGUGCGUAAAGUGAUUCGCACACGUUCACCGAGCGUUAGUCCGCGACGUGCUCGCAAAGGAUCUCCCAUACCGGUAAAGCGUAUGGACAAACAUGUUCCAUCACCAGCAGUGGAGAAGCGUAUGGUAGAGAAAGUUGUGGUAACAAAGCGAAAAAUGUCUCCCCCGAUGCACAAAGCAGCCGCCAGCAAACAUCGACGACCGUCCAGCUCAUCCGGGUCGGGUUCGUCCGAUUCGAGUGAUUCCGGUUCGGAAAGUUCGUACUCCUCCAGCUCGUCGAGUUCGUCCCGAGGCAAGGGUAGACCGGCCAAGGUCCGGGCGUCCGAAAAGUCCAGCAAAUCCUCAAACAUGGGAAAGAAGGAUUCGAAAAAGAUCAGCGAUGGUAAAGGUGGAGCGCAGGUUAUUCCACCGUCGAGUGCCGCCAUGGAGAAGGCGAAUGCGGCCGCGUCGAAGAAAUCAUCACGCCGGGAAGAGCUACUGAAGCAGCUGCGUGCCGUAGAGGAAGCGAUCGCCCGAAAGCGCACCAAGAUAUCUUAAAUCCCCCCGCUGUUCCCCAUGGCGCACACACAGCACCCAACUAUUACUACUCCCGUUCAUCACCACAAUCAUCCACUUUCCGUGUAUCAACGCUGGGCAUAAUGUACUGAUGCUAAAUGACAAACGAACGCUUUUUGGGUAAUGCAGAGACACAGUCGUAACGAAUCACAAACACACACAAAACCCCAAACCCAUUCCAGUAUAUGACGACGAUUGACGCGGGGAUACUCUUGGACGCUCCGGAUCGAUGAACCGGAAGAUCGCAAAAUCCUGGUACACACUACCGCAAAUCCCCAGCAAACUGAAGGAAAGGAUUUAGUUUUAUUAAGAAUGGAGAGACACAGGAACUUUUGUUUUUGCCCUUCAAAACAAUUCAUUUACUUUUGUUUCGUUGGACAACUACUGCGAGAAGGAGGAUUGCUAAAUGGGAAGGAUAGGACUGUCAGCAUGUAAGCAAAAUGUGUGGCAACAAACAUCCGUAGGAUGCGGAUAUAGUUUGUAUCGAUUUAAGUGUAUUAAAAAUAAAUGAUAAAUGAAAUUAUUUGACUAA